GACACCAGCAGAGGUAUCUCUUAAACACUGGGGACAGAAGUGAGGCGGUUCCCGCAAUCCCUGCGCCCUCUCCCCGCCCCCGAUCCAGGUGCAGCCUCAGGGAAGAAAGGAGGUGAGGGAUGAUAGAUUCAGCAGCAUCUGAGAUGAGGCAGUUUCACCCCUGGCUGCUUGAUAACGGAUUCUUCUGACCAUGCUGGACAGUUUCCAUCUCUGCAAGCUUUCCCCAUAGACAUGGGGUAUCUGUUGUUCAACGCCAACCAGGCAGAGACUCUGUGAUGUGUGAAUUGUGAACUUACCUCUAGGAAAAACACUUCUCAAGAAUUAGUUUGGAUCAGUGCUAUGAUGGAGGAGCCCAUGCCUGUGGAGGAAAAAAGUCAGCCACCAAGUCCUCAUCAUGGCUCCCUCAGGAAGGUAAUGGCUGCUGCCUUGGCCCUAGAUGGAGAAGCCACAAUGGGUCGAAGGAAAAAGAAAAAGAAGGAAUCUCGGCCAGAGUCUAUUAUUGUCUAUCGGUUAGAAAAUGAAAAAGCAGAGGAGGAACAGGAAGAAUAUGAAGAAGGAGACCGUUCCGUGGAGGAGGAAGGGGACAAGUUUCUUGGUCACCCUAUGGCUGAGGGUUUGUGGAACAUACCCCAGGACAGCCGCUAUGUCACAUUAACAGGCACCAUCACUCGGGGUAAGAAAAAGGGUCAGAUGGUAGACAUCCAUGUUACUUUAACAGAGAAGGAGCUACAGGAAUUGACCAAGUCGAAAGAAUUAGCAAACGAUGCUACCCCAGAGGGAAAGAAAACCUGCCAAAUUGGAGCAGACCGCGGUCCUCAUGUGGUCCUGUGGACAGUGGUCUGCCUGCCAGUGAUUUUUGUCCUUUCUUUCAUUGUUUCUUUCUACUAUGGAACCAUCACUUGGUACAACAUUUUCCUGGUAUACAAUGAGGAGAGGACCUUUUGGCACAAGAUCUCCUGCUGCCCCUGCCUCAUCCUUUUUUAUCCAGUCCUCAUCAUGGCUGUGGCUUCCUCUCUGGGUCUCUAUGCUGCUGUGGUCCAGCUCUCGUGGUCUUGGGGAGCAUGGUGGCUGGCUGCCCGGGACAUGGAGAAGGGUUUCUGUGGCUGGCUCUGUAGCAAGCUUGGCUUGGAAGACUGCUCACCCUACAGUAUUGUUGAACUGCUGGAGUCUGAUAACAUUUCUGGCAGCCUCUCCACCAAGGAUGCUACUCAGGGGGAAGAAACCUCUGCUGUCUAACUGCCCCAUUUUUUCCUCUACACCAAACCCCAGCUUUCCAGAGUGGACCAACAGUAUGACUCUUUAUGGGCCAUUUCAAAGUUGUAAAGAGUACAUGGGAACAAUACUGGACCAAUGAUACCUUCCUUAUUCUUCUCAGUAAACUUAGCUUUCCCUAGACAUUAUUUCUAAUAUCUGUCAACCUGCCUGUUUUGGUGGUUCAGUCUGGAAUACCACGGUGACAAGGAUAGACAGAGAUGGAGUGAAUGCCUGGGUGGGGAAACAGUGUGUCUCUCUUCCCUGUCCAAGUGAUAGAGAGGAUGGUAGAGAGGAGGAUGAUCACAAUAACUUUCUGAUAGCAGCCCCUCAUUUGGUUAGGUUUCUCAGCUCCAUAUACUAUGUAACUCAGGAGACUCUGUAGGGAAAGGGGACAAAAGGAGACCAAAUUCAUUAAGAAAAUUGGAGUAGGGGGGGCAGCAAGAAGGCACAGUGGACAGCACACCAGCUCUGAAGUCAGGAGGAACUGAGUUCAAAUCUGGUCUCAGACACUUAACAUUCCUUAGCUGUGUGACCCUGGGCAAGUCACUUAACCCCAAUUGCCAAAUAAAAAAAAUUGUAGUGGGAAGUGAAAUUAAAGAUCAUUUAGGAGAGCAAAAACAAUCACACUUGACAGACAAUACAACAGCAAAUAGCUUGAAAUAUAAAGUUACUAUCCUAGGACUUUGAGAGUUUAGCCCCAGAGGGUGAUAAUUUUGAUUUUUCUUUAAGCUGCAUAUUACAGAAAGGGGGACUAGAGAAAUAGCAGUGUACACUUUGUAAAUAGAGAUAUAGAAUAUAAUUUUGCAGGGGAGAGGGGAGGGUGGGAAAGCACUUGUGUAAUUAGCAGCAUAGCUCUCUUAGUGUAAAGGUUAGCACUAAAUAUAGUAAAAAAUAGUAAAAUGGUCCACCUUUCCCUUUCUCUUACCUAUAGAUUUUUUUUAUUUUUAAAUCUUAUCCCUAAAAAGGAGGUAAAGGUUAAAAUUGCCAAUUUCUGUUUGCAGUGGCUCAGCCUUCUUUGAUAUCCCUGUUCCCAGUCCACUUGGGAUAGCAAUAUAAUGAAGCUAGAGCCUAACUUAGGGCAUAUCAGCCCAACUUCUGGUGCUGUACCCCACACCCAAGGAGGACUGCAAUGUGAUGGGGAUUUAGGAUUUUUUUUAAGUUUUAAUUUUAGCUGUACAUUUCUGAAGAGCAAAGAUGAUAACACUGGUGCUUUAGUGUUUUUUUUUUUUUUUUGCAGAAUUUGGUAUGUUGGUGUAAUAGAGACAAAACAAUAAAAAUAUUAAUAAUUUAAACAUUCAGACUUUUGUGUUUUCAAUGCUAAGAGACUAGGUCUUAAAUUCUGAGGUCC